AUGGAGUUCAUCGGGCAAAUUCAUCCAACUUCUAGCAAAGAGCACACGUUCAUAAUUGUGGCAAUAGACUACUUCACCAAAUGGGUAGAAGCUUCAACAGUGAAGACCUUAACUGCAACCGCCGUCAAGAACUUCAUUGAAACCAAGAUCUUACACAGAUAUGGGGUACCCAAGACAAUUGUUAUAGAAUGCGGACCGUCUUUUAUUUCAAAGGAAGUAGAAGAAUUUGCAAGUAAGUUCAAGAUUAAGAUGAUCCAAUCUAGUCCUUACUACCCCAGUCAAAUGGUCAAACAGAAGCCAAACCUCCAAGAGGGCACUGGAACUACUCCUUAUGCUUUGACCUUCAGGCAGGAUGAUGUGCUCCCCAUGGAGAUAAAUGUGGGUUCUGUUAGGAUUCAAAAUCAAUUUAGGUUGCAUAAUGAAGAAUAUAUUCAGGCUAUGUGUCAAGGAAUAGAAGAUCUAGAUGUAGCCCGAAUUGAAGCCCUAGGUAAAAUUCAAGAAGGGAAGAGAGCUGUUGCCCAAGCAUACAAUAAAAAGGUGAAAUUGAAAAACUUCAAGAAAUAA